AGUUGUGACUAAAACCUGGGUCACCUCAUAUCACAGAAAAUCGAGGACUAAGCUUAAUUAGUUUUACUCAUUUAAAUUAAUGUAAACAGGGAUGAACGCUACAAUUUACUUCGAAAUCAGAGUUCUAGAGUUCGAAGAGAUAUUCGUUUAAAUAAAAAAAUUCCCAUUGAGUUAAACCCAUAACAAGCGGUUCUCAAUAAGAAGUGAUUGUGUUAUUUUUUUGUUAAAAGCUCUCGAGAGACUAUAUACUGGAUGAUCGGGAAAGCUGUAGAAAAUUAUGGAUGAUAGUGACGUCGAAUUACGUGAAAGGUUGUUUCACAACGCAGUUCGUCAAUAUAUCAUCUUCUUGCUAGUCUUCAUCAUUCUUUACGUUUCUUCAUACUUCUUCCUAACAUAUUUUAAAAAAAAGACUAUUUGCGAAGAUCAUUUUUCCGGUGAAAAAGAAGAUGCCAUUGUUUAUAGAAUAUCGUAAGUACAAAGGAAAUAGAAAAGAUAUUUUGAAUAGACGAUAAAGAAAGUUGAUAUCUAUUCAGUAUCAAAUAUUAAUUCAAACAUUCUAAAUUUUAUUUCCAUUUAAACUCGACAUUACUUAAAAAUAUUUGUAUUCAAGGAAUACUUGAGCUCUUUGUUAAAAGACAUAUAUUGUAUAAUACUAACACUAUAUAUAUCUAUCUAUAUACAUAUAUAUUCUUAUUUUUAUUUUAUUCUCUUUAAUAGAUUGUGGAUGUGCACGUUUACUUUAUCUAGUUCAUUAGGAGCAGCGUUACUUCUUCCAAUUUCAAUAAUAUCUAACGAACUUUUGCUCCAUUAUACCAAUUCGUAUUACAUGCAAUGGCUAAAUUCUUCUUUAAUUGAAGGUUUAUGGAAUUGGGUUUCCCUAUUCUCUAAUCUAAGUUUACUGAUUUUAAUGCCGUUUGCCUAUUUGUUUACCGAGGCAGAAGGUCUACCCGGUUGUAGAAAGGGAAUUAUGAGCAGAGUUUAUGAAACUGCUUUAGUUCUAAUCUUAAUGGCAAUCAUGGCCUGUGGUUUGACGUUCAUAUUUGCAGCCAUUUUCAACAAGGACGAAUGGAGCAAGCGAACUUUGUUUGAUGUUUGGAGCUUUUAUUUGCCCUAUUUAUACUCUUGUAUCUCUCUAAUUGGAGUAUUAUUGCUAUUUAUUUGUACUCCAUUGGGUUUUGUAAGAAUGUUCACAUUACUCGGAAAACUUGUAAAAAAACCUGCUUUUCUACGCAAAAUCGAAGAUGAACUUUAUACAACGUCUCUUGAACAAGAAACACUUCGUCGUCAUCUCAAUUGGUUGAAACAUUCCUCAUCAAAUUAUUCAAAAUUGGCGAAUGGUAACAACGAAUCUCAUUCAUUACACGAUUAUGAAAAGAAAUUGAGCGAUUUGGACAAUGAUUAUACGGAAUUAGAAAGAAGAAGAUGGCUUGGAGUGAAGAGGGACUAUAUUAGAAUCAUUAUUUUCCCUAUAUUAUUUGCUGCACUAGUUAGUUUAACUGCGGUUUGCGGUCUACUAGUGCUGAGAAAUACAUUGGAAUUAUUAAUUGGAACUUCUUCUCCUGCAAUUUCCAAGAACUUGGUUUUAGGAGCUGCGAGCUUUUCAAGAUUAGGCUUAUUUGGUUCAACUUUAUACUUGCUGGUAAUUCUCUAUGUUACCUUUUCGUCUAUUGUAGGACUUUACUGUCUUCCUUAUAUAAGUCCAAAGUUAAUGUUACUCAAAUCCAACACAUCAACAACAAAACUAAUCGGAAAUUGUUCUUUGUGGUUAAUUAUAUCUUCAGCUAUGCCCCUUUUGGCUAGAACAUUAGGAUUUACUGACUUUCAUCCAGGAACACCACCAAAAUGGUUACACAACAUAGUUUUCGUAACCUGCUACAAUAUGGCUUUUUUAGCCGCAACUAUAUUUUGUUUAGUGACCAGAUUAUCGAGUGCAGCAAGAAAGUCUAUUAUGUUAAGAGUGAGGCGUAUAAUGAGAAGAAAAAAUAAGAAUGAAUGAACUUAGUCAAUAUGUAUGUUAAAAUGUUGAGUAUUGAUCUCUUUUUCGAAUGAGAUAAAAAAAUAUUAAUAAUAAUUAACCUUGAAAAAAGGAAAUUUAACGAUUAAUUUUUGCCAAAAAAAAGAAAAAAUUCCGUCUAACGGUGUUUGUUUUUGUUUUCUCCUAGGUAAAAUUCUGACAAAUCAAACAGUUAGGAUUAAAGGACGCAAAGCAACAGUCUGCUUUAAGCAAUAAUCUGAAUAUUUUUUUAUUCAUUUUUUGUAUUUUGUCAAACUUUGUUCAUUAUUUUUGAAAGAAAGUAUGUUACAGCAAAAUAUAAGGUCCUGUAACUCUACUGUUUAAUUAGUCUAGUCAAUGUUGUUAAAAAGAUUGACAAAUUUAACAUGCGCUUUUCGUAAAAGUAUUAAUAUAUGCAGUAUUUAUCAGACUUAAUACAUUUGACAAAACGAACAACUUACUCUACUUUCUCGAAUUAUUAAUGAAUUUAUUAUAAGUAUUGUUGAAAGAAACGCGCCAAAUUUGUUUACAAC